GCCACUUCUCAUCGGCGCUCGCCGGACACGACGGAAGCUGCGUUUUCCCCUUUUUUUUUCGUGCACCCUCUAUAGAAAGAGGAAGCUCUGUGAGUGUGCUCUCGCGCUUCGUAUCCAAAGCUCAGCCGGCGUCGUGAGAAGAGGACGAACCCGAGAGCCCCGAUGGACGUCAACCCGGAGGCCGUGAGUUGCCUGGAGUCACGGCGUGUACCGGUUGAAACAGAAACGGAGGCCGUGGAGGAGGACGUGUUCCCGGAGGAGGCGGCGCCCUGUUCCGUCUCUCCUCUCCACGCUGAGUCCUUAGAUUUCCCAGACACCCCUACAUUAUGCAGCCCGAAGGAAAUGUUGGAGAGGAGGGUGGCGCUCCUGAAAGGCCUCCUGGAGGCCGAGGAAGUUUAUCUCAGAGAGCUGGAGGCUCUGCUGAUGCCCAUGAAGGCUCUGCGCGCCUCAGCCGGGACGUCCCAGCCGGUGCUGUCCAGCCAACAGGUCCAGGCUGUUUUCUACCAGGUGCCUGAGAUCAGAGACAUGCACCAGAGCUUCUACUCCGGCCUGAAGGCCCGGCUGGCUGAGCCCGGUCCGGGGGAGGCCGGAGAGAUGAACUUCACAGGCUUUGAUCUGAUGGUGGGCGACCUGUUUCUGAAAAUGUUGAACCAGAUCGGGCUGUACGGGGGUUUCAUUGGAAAUUACGAAAAGGCGGUUGAAGUCGUUCGCAAGUGCACCAACUCAGACCCUCGCUUUCGGACCCUGGCUCAGAGCAUGAUGUCCGCUAACGGCGCCAACCAAACUCGGACCACGUACACCUUAGAAGCUCUGCUAUACAAGCCUCUGGACAGAGUAACCAAGACCACCCUGGUGCUCCAUGACCUCCUGAAGACGACGCCAGAGGAGCACGGAGACUACGCCUCGCUACAGGAAGCGCUGAGGUUGUCCCGCAGCUUUCUGUCCGGCGUCAACGAGAGGUCACAGAACAAACGAGAGGUCAUGCUCAGUCACGCCGUGAGGCGCCAGCUGAUGCGGGACGGCUUCGUGGUGGACGCGGCCGAGGGGGAGCGCCACCUGCGUCACCUCUUCCUUUACACCGACCUCCUGCUGUGCACGAGGAACAAACAGGCGACCAGAGGGAAGCAGGACCAGUACAGGUUCUGCUGGUAUCUGCCGCUCGCCGGCCUCAAACUCCGCUGGGUCGCCGACCAGGAACUCUCACCGGACGCACGCCUUCGCCUGCACGGCAUCAGGACCAAGAUGCACCUCCUCCGCCAGCAACUGCAGCAACACGCAAACGGGUCCAAGGGCUUGAGCGCCGCGGCUCGAAGCCGGAAGAAACUCGAGCAGAUGGAGCUGAUGCUGCUCACACACUCGCCUGUGCACAAACUGGAGCUGCACAGCCCCAGUGGCAAGAGUCACACCCUCCUCCUGUCCUCCCUGUAUGAGCUUGAAGAAUGGAGAGAACUCAUUGAAAAACUCACCAAAGACAACAUAGAAACUGUCCCUCCAGACCUGCUCACCCUUACCAGCGCAUGUGUGAAGCUGAGAAUGACCCAGCAGCCGCCUCUCCACAGCACACGCGCCGUGGAGGACCAGAAGUCUUUGUGCGGGACUGUGAGUGUGACCGUCCACUCGGCCCGUGGCUUGCAGCAACCGGCCUUUGCGUAUGUUUGCGUGGAAGUGGAUGGCUACGAGUUUUACGACAAACAAGCCAAGACUCACUCGUCAGUCCAGAGCCUCAACCCACUCUGGGACCAGGAGCUGUGUCUCCAGGUGGACGGGGCCCAGGUCCUGAGAGUGAUCUGCGUGAGUCAGUCCGACCGAGAGGACCAAUCCGUCCUGGGCAAAGCCUCCGUGAAGUUGGACGCUACGACCCUGACCAAGGGAUGGAGUAGACGGACUGUGCACCUCGGACAGGUGGAGGUGACCCUCUCCCUGAAGUACAGCCCCCACCCGGUCGAACCGCCGAGCGCCACGCCGCAACAAAACCCCGUCUUCUGUGUCCCCAUCGACGCUCUGGCUCAAAAAGAGGGGGUGCUCGUCCCGCACGUGGUGCGCUGCUGUGUGGAGGAGGUGGAGAGGCGAGGCAUGGACGAGGUGGGACUCUACCGGGUUUCGGGAGACAGCUCUGACGUCGGCGCGCUCAAAAAUGAGUUCAACAGCAAUCUCCGUGACGCUGUCGCCAGGAUGAGGAGUGCUGACGUGAACGUCGUCUCCGGGGUUCUCAAGCUGUUCUUCAGGGAGCUGCCCGAACCUCUCGUCCCCACGGAGAUGUUUCAGAGCCUGGCCAGGACACUGGCCAUCCAGGACAUGGACCUUCGGCUGGUGUCCAUGCUGUCCGUGCUGGAGUCCUGUCCCCCGCCCAACCGGCACACCUUCCUGUACCUCCUGCACCACCUCCGACGAGUCUCGGACAAGCAAGACGUCAACAGGAUGUCUCUCAUGAACCUGGCGACGGUGUUCGGGCCGAGCCUCUUGCGUACCCCCGUGGUGGAACACGGCCUCCUCGGUCCCAGCAUGGACAUCUCCCAGGAGCUGGUGGUGCAGGUCCAGGUGGUUUUCAGCUACCUGCAGUGCAACAACCUCCCUGAAGCGUGGACGUCUCUGCCACAUGACACAGACGAUGAAGAGACCACCCACUUGUGAGACCACCAAUGUCCCGGGCCGCCAGGAAUUUGAAAUACUGCAUCUAAAGAAAAAUAACUGCGGCAAAACUAUAAGAUAAUUAAAGUAUUUAUUGAUUUUAAAAAACAGA